CCAAGGCUGGCCCAAUACACUCUGCUGCCUGAGGCAAAGGAUAAGAUGCCUCCCUUCUGCACCCCAUUUGAUAUACUGUACAGAAAAUGACUGGACUACCGUAGCAGUUGAAGCUUACUUUAACUUUCUUCCAUGGCACCGGAAGGCAGCAAAGAGUUGCAGCCAUGAUGAGACUCCAUGGUGCAGACAACUGUAGGGCUCAGAAGGCAUCGGGGAAAGUAUGUGCCACCUGAGGCACCUGCCUCAUUUUAUCUAAUGGUAGGACAGGCCCUACUAACUGUGCAGGUGAUGCUGGUGCUGUUGCUGCUCAUUUUGCACCAUGGCUUACAAAAGAUUAAGUGACAAAGCAGGAACCCUUUCAUCAAGAUGAGGGGAAGGCGGAAUUCAUGCUAGGCAGAUUUGUACAGCAAGUCGUUGUAACACGAGUAUAUUUAGAAGUCCUCUGUGAUGUGUAUCACUGAAGACAAUGCAGUAACUGUCAGAAAAUGAGAAAACCAUGAGAUGGUAAAAAGAAUUACUUCUCCCACUCCCUCAGUAAGGAGCUCUUUGCACAAGUAAACACAUCAAGCAUUUGACACAGCAACAAUCUAAUGCAGAAAUCUAAAAGAGGUUCAAUGUUUUAUUUGAGACCUAGCUCCCCCUUUUCUGCCCAGCCAACCUUUCCUAAGCCUAUUUCCAGUGGUCAGAACACAGUAGGAACAGCAGGGCUGGGCUCAUGUCACAAAGACCACCAGUUCUGUAACAGAUGUUAUCAUAUUUCGCAAGCCAAGAAGUAAAUCACAAGCCAAUCUUUUGCUGUCACAUCCCGUCACUCUCUAAUGCAGGGGUGGGGAAUCUCUGUGGUUUGUGGAUAAUAUUGUUAGACUCCAACUCCCAUCAGCCAACAUAGGUAAUGGUCAGGUUAGUUCAGCAACAUCAGGAGGGGAGCACAUAGUUUUCUCAGGCUUGGUCUGCUGUGCCGCUUAAAAAUAGGGCCCUAGAAAAUGUUGGAGAAUUGAGGCUGCAAUCCUUUAUCUGCUCACCUGGGGGGAAGCCCCAUUAUACUCAAUGUCAUUUAUUUCUGAGUAGACAUGUGGUGAUAAUCAAGCUGCUAUUCAUAAGUUGCUUUCUAAGGGCACACAACAUUGAGGCAAGAUAAAUUCAAAAUAAGAUGUAACCAACAGCAUUUUCAUAUGAACAGAGUGGCAUCCCCUUCCCACAAAAUUCCACCCAUUGCCCCCUCCUCCUUGCUUUGCAUCACAAUACAGCCUGAGGAAGAGUUCUGAAGACCUCAAAUGCAUGAUCACUAUUUUGUGACAGUUCCUUUGGUCCUAAUAAAGACACUGCCAAUGUGGACUUUGGAAUCUUUUCUUCUGGACCCCAGAUAGAAAAAGGAAAUAUUUCUACUGACAUCAAAUUUAUACCCAAUUAAAAAUCUAUCUCUAUGAUGCUAAAACUGAUGAGUACAAAGCGCUAUGCUUGAAACAGAUGGAGCUGGACCAUCUCUCAUUGAAGCCAUUAGUUUGCUUUUGUUUUUAAAAAAUCAUUUUCAAAACCUAAUGCAAUUCAGCAUGGAAGCAAUUAUUGUUUUAUCUCCCCCAAGGAUUCAUCUAAACCAUAUGAGGAUCAAAGUUAUUUUUCAGGAACCUUUAAUUAAAUCCAUCUGUUCAAUGCAGCUAUUUCAGUUUGCUUAAGAGAGCUCUUGAGUGGUUUUUGACACACUCUUCAGGGGUUUCCAGAUUUUAAUAAACCAACAUAGACAAUAAAAUCUGACUCUAAGGGCUGUAUUUACAUCUUAUUUUUACAGGCUUAAUUUUUAAUUAUAUUUUCUUAUACAGGCAAGCAUAAUGUACAAAAAUGGUUACAAACAGGUCUGACUUACCAAGCCCAGAAAAUGGCACUUUAAAAAGAAAAGGGGGGGCAAGCUACAGUACUUAUCACAUUUCCCAUUCAUUUCUCAAGUGAUGGCAGCUGUUACGUUCCAGUAUAUUAUGAAAAACACAUGGUUGCCAACUGUCAUAAAUUCACAGUUACCUAAGGCCAAAACUUAAGCAACAUGUGAUAAGAUCAUUAGAAAGUUCCUGCUCAUGGCUUCAGGCAGUGGUCAUUUUGAAUAACAUAACCCAACAGGCCAGGGGUGAAAAAUUCAAAAUUUGGCAUUUAGUCCUUUUUAAGUCAACAUAAUGAUUUUUGAAUAAGGGUAAUUAGCAACCAAGGAAAAGCCUGGAAAUGCAGUGCAAUUGAUUUAUCCAAAUAGUCUAAUGGGAACAUGCAUGGCAAUUACAAGAUGAGAUCCUAGUAUAAAUAUUAGUACUGUUUACAUAAGCUUACAUAAUGAUGUGAAUUGAUAUUGCUAAACAGAUGAAGGAUUGAUAGGGGGUUCUGCUCUACUUCAACAGAGUGGCUGCAGUUGUGAGAGGUGAAGGGGUACCCUGGAAGGCUGCCCUGUUCUCCAUUCAAUGUCCCAGGGCCUGGAAGUGUAUUGUUCUGCACACAAUGACCCUGUCUACACAAGUGAUUGCGCUCCAUGAACAACUUGGAGUCGUUAAAAAUUAUGGAGCACAAACACUUAGGUACAACAAUUCAGACAAUUAUAUUACAUGAACAAACCCAGAUAACAGCUAUAAUGUCACCAUGUGGAAUGUCUAUAUUUCUCAAAACACGAAAAAAUAUCAGUGUGAACUGUGCACAAACUUCUUAUCAUAACUUAAUGAAGAUUUAGCAGAUUCAAGGACCAGAUGAAAUGUCACAAGGACUGCUUCUGAGUUGCAGACCAUCCUUUGUGCACAAAGGGAAUUCAGACUAUAAAUUGCUCCUAAUCUGUAUCCAAUUUUAUGACAGUGAGAUAAUUUUCAGAUACUCAUUGGACUGCCAACAGGGAAUACAGAUUGGACCAGAAAGACAGAAGGAUGCUUGAAGGAUGACAACUAUUUUCCUCAUGGGUGGAUACCACAAACCAUUUUAUCAAACAGUGUUCUACUUACUGGACCAAAACAGGAAGAAGUUGUGUGUAAUGAACUUGAUAAUGACCUUGGUGGUGCUAAGGGUGAGCUAAUAAGGCAGAAGUCUGCAUGAACUAGGGCACAACACUAGACAUUGUUUCUGAGCUGUUCUCAAAAAAAAUCCUUGUAUGUACAAGGGAGGAGCCUGUAGUGCCUGUCCUACCAUUAGGCAAAGUGAGGUGACUACUUCAUGCAGUAGAUGCUAGGGAAGAGUCCCCCGGCAAUUCCACCUAGUCCUCUCAGCUAUUCCUCUUGUUGGACAGAACUAUGUAUGCUACACCUGUGUCCUGCUUCCCCCUUCACUCAUCUUCUGCCCUCAGGUGCUGUAUAUAACAGGGUUCUAGCCCUUCACAAGUGUCCUUGAAUCAAGCAUUGAGCUUUCAGUCCAGAUGGCUUCUGUAUAUGGAAUCAAGACAGGGUGCCAUUUUUUCCUUUGAUUCAAGCAGCAAAAUGUUUUGGGCUGGCCUUGCUUGUCUGACCUUUAAAAAUGCAAUUUCAAAUAUAUGUGAAUGAUGCUGUAAAGAUGAGAAAUAAAAAAAUAGUAAAAUGCAAGGGAAAAGAAAGGGGGUAGAAAUCUGAUGAUGGAUAUCAUGAGGAAAACACACACACCAAAUAAUCAGCCAUUCAGGACAAGAAGACUGUGGUAUAUCUGUACAGAAUAUUGAAUGCUGCCUGCCAAAGUAUAGAUCCGGCUCUGAAUAUCCCCAGAACAUUAUGUACUGGCUAGCUGAGGAAAGCAAUGAAUGACAUCUGUUUUUUUCUGUAUUGGUUCACAUUAUGUAUUCUGUUCCAAUUCAUUCAAAUAGUAAGGCUUUGCCAAAGAGAUGUCUGAAGAAAAGGAAAAGGUCCAAGUGAAAUAGCGAAGAAAAAAUUCUAUGUUUAACAGUUUAUCUAGAAGCAAAUCUGUUCCUGUCAUAAACCCUUUAUUCUCCUUCACCCUUACAUUUCCUGGAAAAUGUGUACUGAGAGUUUUUGUUCCAAAAUCCAAAAGGCAUGAAGAAGUAGAGUGACUUAGAGGUUUCUGGGUGUCAUUUGUGUGGGCUGAAUUGUCACAAAGCCCAGGAACAGCUUUAUUUCAGAAAGUAGAUUGAAUCCCUUAACAUGUCAGUUAUUUUGCAGACAAACUACACACAAAUAUACACAUCAAAAUCCUGACAGUUUGUAAAGAAAAGCAGCCCAAAAUAAUUGAAGUCUUGAGCAGAGGAUCAGCAAGGCGCUUGGGUCUUUUCCAGCCAAAUAAUGUUUAGCUCAAAAUCAGCUCCCGGUUUAUUUCCUUCACCCAUGUGAUUGGUUCCACAUCCAUUUAACAGAAAAAAACAACCUGUGGGGUAAGGGUUAAGCACCACUUUCCUCCUCCUGAUGUUCUUUUGGUUUUUUUAAAAAAAAAAUUAGGGGCUUUAUUGCAGACCUUUGCCUGAAAUGCAGACCUUUGCCUCAAUAUUUUUUGCAUUUUUAUUAAUAACAUAACAAUCCAGCACAAGCAAUAGGUUGUAGAUUGUAUGCCCCAGAGUUACUGUAUCAGCCACACCUCAAAAUAUAUACAGCCCUUAGCAGAUCGGAACAUGUAAAUUCAAGUGUUCCAUGCAAACUGCACCAAGUCAAAGAGUCUCUCCAGAAGGAGCUCUGAGGAUAAAGAGGUCUGGGCUCCUCUGUACUACAGUUGAUCUAGGAAGUCAAAGUGUGCAUCAGAAGUAUUCUGUGUGCUUUCCUCUCUAGCAAGCCUCAGACUUUAAGUAUAUAGAGACUGAGAAUGUAAAUGAGAACAUAAACGAAAAGGGUGUUGCUGAAGGUGUUUAGUCGUCUCCCAUGACAACACCAGGCUGCAUUUCCUCCCGUGAGGCUUGCUUAUGGCUCACAUUUUCAGAACUUUCUAGCAUGGGUGCAGGUUGGAUUGUGUGUGAUAGUAAAAAUAAAAAUGAGAAGCCUCCCAUUCUAGAGUCCUUCUUCUGACAACCUUCUCCACUAGUGAAUCCUGCUUUGGUUGAUAAGCAUUUAGCAGGAAACAUUCCCUUUCCCAGCUUAUACUACCAAAACUCGCUGUUGGUUGAGGUGGAACUCCACCCUGCUCCUGUCUUCCAGCCAUGUGUGGACUCUGUAGGGAAUGGGGUGGAUCAUUCCAAGACUCUGGAGUUCCUGUAUGUAUCUUAUAAAUUCAUAGAACUGUAGAAUUGGAAGGCAUCCCAAGCAUCACCUAGUCCAACCCCCUGCAGUUGGACUUGAUCAUACAUGACAGGUGACCAUGCAACCUGAUCUAAAACCUCCAAGGAAGGAAAGUCCACCAACUCUCCUCUUCCACUUUCAAACAAAAGAGGUUGUAAUUUUGCCUCCUCACUGACAAGAAACUUUUUUAUGAGGAUUGCCAAUAAUGCCCUUCUGCAUUCUGUGUAGGAUAGAAAGGCCAGUCUCUAUGCAAGAGAAGAAGCAGGCACAAAUCUGACAUCAGAAAUGCAGUAUACCAAGACACUAGCGGCAGGGGAAGAGGGAACAUUUCUCUGUAACUGAGCUUAAGGUGGCCACCCUGGAGCAAAAGAGCAAACUCCAUCCAACAAGUUAAAUGCUACCGUACCAUUGGCAUGAUGGAUUAUUAUCAAACCACAACAUGCGGUAAUUGGCUCACCGAUGCCAAAAUGCCUGCUAGCAACCAACUGUUUUGUGAAUCAGCCCUAGGGUUGCCACCUUUGUUUUGGCAAAAUACAGGGUGGGGCGUUGCAAUUUUUUAAUUAUCUGGUGCUGAAGUGACUUCAAAGCAAUCCAUUACAAUCUAUUGCAGCCUAACAGGAUGGCCCCUCUGGAAUUUGUCACAGAAAUUUGUAAAUCUGUUUGUGCUUGGCUACCCAGAGCUUAAAUGGAUGAACUUUCACACACAUGCAUUUGGCAGAGAGCCAGAGAGAUACCUGAAAUACAGGACGAAAUUCUAUCAAUACAGGAUGUAGCAUUUUACAUUGAAAUACGGGACAGUCCUGUAUGAUAUAGGACGGGUGGCAACGUUAUCCCUAUCUGUGCGUUUCACGAGCUCACUGACUGUGCUCCCUCCCCUCGCGAACAGACGCAACUCGGGCGGACACUUCAUGCAGCUGUUGGAGCAGACUCAGACUGCCGUCUUGGGAAAGUUUAUGCCAUAUGGAAUGUGUUAGUCUUUAAUGGCUCCAGGAGACUUUUGGUUGCUUUCGCUUAGAGGGAAUCGCCGCCCAGACCACCUGCACAGCGCCUGCCCUCCUCCGACUCCAUUCAUUAGCAUGCCUUCCCCGUCGUUGCGCAGGUCUGCCUUUCCCGGAGUGGGACUCCUCGGAUAAAAACUGCGGCGCUCGGAGAGGGAAGAGGCGACGCCAGGAGGGGCGGGCCCGAGAGAAAGCGGGCUCUGCGAUUGGCUGCUCGGACCGCGGCGCGCUGCAAGUUGGGCGGGAGACGGCCGGGCUGCCCCAUUCUCUCCGCGUGCGCCCGGCCACCAUGGAGCGCAACUGGAGCGCCGUCGGCGGGCCGGGCAAUGCCUCGUCGAGCGGGCCCGGGGAUACGGCGGCCGCGUGGGCUUUCGGCGCGGUGCUGUCAGUGAUGUAUGUGGCCGGCGUGGCCGGCAACGUGUACACACUGGGGCUGCUGUGGCGCUCGGGUCGGUGCGCCCGCGGCGCGCCCUUGUCGGGCUCCAUCGCCAGCCUGGCGCUGGCCGACCUGCUGUACCUGUGCUCCAUCCCGUUCAUCGUGGGCACGUCGGUGGCGCAGGACUGGUACUUCGGCGAGCUGGGCUGCCGCGUGCUGCUCAGCCUGGACCUGCUCACCAUGCACGCCAGCAUUUUCACGCUGACCGUCAUGUGCACUGAGCGCUACCUGGCUGUCACCAGGCCGCUGGCUACGCGGCAGCGGUCGCGGCGCUUCAGCAAAGCCACGGCCGGCGCCGUCUGGGGGUUGUCGCUGCUGCUCACGCUGCCCAUGAUGCUGAUGGUCACGCUGAGCCGCAGCAAGGACGGGAAGCACAUCUGCGCGCCCACCUGGAGCCCCGACGCCUACCGGCUGUACCUGACGGUGCUGUUCAGCACCAGCAUCCUGGCCCCGGGGCUGAUCAUCGGCUGCCUGUACGCGCGCCUGGCCACCACUUACCUGGAGUCGCAGAGGAACCCUCCGCGCAAGAAGGAGCCCAAGCGCUCCCCGCGCCAGAAGGUGCUCAUUCUGGUCUUCACCAUCGUGCUGGUCUUCUGGGCUUGCUUCCUGCCCUUCUGGAUCUGGCAGCUGGUGUCCCUCUACCACGGGCCCCUCGGGCUCGCGCCUCACACCCAGAAGUGCAUCAACUACCUGGUUACCUGCCUGACCUACAGCAACAGCUGCAUUAACCCUUUCCUCUACACGUUGCUCACGAGGAACUACCGCGAGUACCUGCGCAACAGGCACAGCAACUUCUACCGCUUCACUUCGUCCUUCCGCAAGAGGGGCUCCAGCCUGCACUGCUCCUGGAGGCGAUCCACCUCCUCCGGCACCCAGGGCGAGUCCGGGUCCGAGGCCCUGAGCAUGGCCACGUUAAGGGACUGCAAAUGAACUCUCUUCCCCCGGUUUCUUAGGAGCAGCUUGCAAACACCUCCGAGAUCCAGGCGGGCCUGGGCAAGGCUAAACAUACCCAGCUCCCUAAGCCGUUCCUCAUAAGGCAUCGUUUCCAGGCCUUUGACCUUUUUGGUUGCCCUCCUCUGGACACGUUCCAACUCGUCAGUAUCCUUCUUGAACUGUGGUGCCCAGAACUGGACACAGUACUCCAGGUGAGGUAUAUGACCAGUGCAGAAUACAGUGGUACUAUUACUUCCCUUGAUCUAGAUGCUAUACUCCUAUUGAUGCAGCCCAGAAUUGCAUUGGCUUUUUUAGCUGCUGCAUCACACUGUUGACUCAUGUUACGUUUGUGGUCUACCAAGACUCAUAGAUCCUUUUCACAUGUACUGCUCUCAAGCCAGGUGUCUCCCAUCCUGUAUUUGUGCCUUUCAUUUUUUCCCCCAAGUGUAGUACCUUACAUUUCUCCUUGUUAAAAUUCAUCUUGUUUGCUUUGGCCCAGUUGUCUAAUCUGUUAAGGUCAUUUUGAAGUGUGAUCCUGUCCUCUGGAGUAUUAGCCACCCCUCCCAAUUUGGUGUCAUCUGCAAACUUGCUCAGGAUGCCCUCAAGCCCAUCAUCCAAGUCAUUGAUAAAGAUGUUGAAUAAGACUGGGCCCAAGACAGAACCCUGUGGCACCCCAAAAUAGGCUAUGCCAGUUUUGUUCUGAUAGGUUGGCAACCUUAAUGAUAGUCCCCAAUGCACAUUUUCAAGCAUUUCGUGUUGCAGACUGGAAACAGUUUCCUUUUUGGCUGGUGGAAGCAAAACUAGUUUUACACAUACAGUACAAGGGAGAAGUGUCAACUUUUAACAGAAACAAUUGGGGAAGUUCUUCUCAUACAAGCGUAAUAAAGUAGGAGAUCUUCUGACAACAUGACAGCACUAAGCUGUGUUUGUAGGUCCAAUUCCUUGGCUCACAGUGUUAGAACUGAGAAAGAAUAAUCUUCCAUUAGGGUGGCCAGAUGCAGAAACAGGAUAGGGCUUCUGCACCCUUGAAUAGUUGUGUAAAAGAGGAAAUUCCAGCAGGUGUUGCCUGUAUGACAAGCUACAUUGCAUGGAAAGAUCUUGCUAACAUGACCACAUUGAGCUUUAUCGGUUGGGAUUUUUCUUAAGAAAGGGUCCAGGGCCUUCAUACUUUGUCAUGAUAUGCAAGAGUUGGCAGAGGGGAGGUGUCCAAGCAGUUUUAUGAAGGGAGGAAGAUAAUGCCAUAUUUUGCAAUCCUGUGCAUCUGGGCAGAAGCAAGCUGAACUGUGCUCCCAGACUAGUGUGUGUGCAUAUUUAGAAACCGGAGAAACUUGUGGGCACACACCACAACCAUGCUCACAUUGCAACCUACUGGCCACAAUAUAAUGCUUCUUUCGAGGCUAAUUUCAGUGGGGAGAGGAGACCCUGUGGGCACAAGCAAAGGCUUCUGAGUGGGCAUCAUAUAUACACCACCAGUGUAUAUACAUAGCAGCCUUAAGUUCCUUAGCACACAGCAGUUGUCAUCUUCACAUCCUCUUCAAGUCUGCAGGGAACGCUGCAGGAAGCGCCUUGCUUUCAGAGCUACAUGCCUGAGUAAUGAAGUUUGUAAAGCGAAGAUUGUCUCCUCGGGAGGUAGUUCAUCCAUUAGUAAAUGAGGCAGGAUGCUUUUAGGGGGGGGGAGCAUCUUAAAAGCACUUCAUUACUCCUGUCAGGACAUGUACAGGGAAGUGAGGGAUUAGAUAUAGUUUCUUCGUGCUGGAAUGUUCUGUUAGUGAAACCAUGAGAUUUUUAUCUUAUAAGUGAAGGCAUGUAGGAGUGUGGGUAGUAUGCAGAAGAGGAUUUGAAGUCUAAUUUUUGCUGCAUCAUGGGUGUAAGGGAAUGGACAAACUAAACAUGCAGUGUCAUGCACUACUUUACAUAAGUGCCUGCUUUAUUUUGAUGGCCCAUUAGAAAUCUAGGAUGGGGUCCCCAAUCUAUUUGGCUUUGGGGCACAUUUGGAAAUAUGAGAAACUUUCAUGGGCACAAAAACCCAGUUAUUUCACAGAAGAAAACUGGUACUGCUCUGAACCACAACAACCCCAGCCCAAACACGUGCCUCCCCCCUAAAAAAAAUAGGCAAAGCACCUCCCCAGCCAGACAACAACAAAAAAUCCCACAGGCAACACUAACAAAGAGAAAAGACAAAACACCCCAAACAAGCAACCAAACAAAAAAAGUAGGUGGCACCCAGCACAACUCAACAAAAAAAGCAGGCCAAUCCACCCCCAUGGCAAUAAACCUUAAAAAUGCAGAUAAGACAAACACCACCAUCCCCCAAAAAACAAAAAUAUUGGAAAACACCACCCAUCUCCAAACUGAUCACUCCCCUAUCCCCAGAAUUAUCAGGCAGUAGCAGGACAUUUUUCCUUUUCUCUUCUGAAGAGUUUCAGAAGUCUGAAAACCCAAGGUAUACCUUCCAGCUGUGAAGAAAGGUAAGAGGGUGGAAUGGCUGGAUGCCAACACUUUGCUGUUUUUAACAACACUCCCAUGCUGAUGCCAAUCUGCUUCAGACGUGUACAUAGCCAAUUACCAGAGGCUACCAAAUGAAUUAAUGGAAUAGAAUGUAGACCUCUUGAGAUCUAUUAUAAGCCAAAAGCUUCACUGUUGUUCCACUCAGUAGAAGUUUCUCUUCCAUAUUUUGCUGCAGUACAUUUGCUGAGCUGGCUUCCCAUGAUCAGUUGUUGUCACUAUGUUAAAUUUGGAGGAACGGGAGCUUUUCCUCUGCCUACAUAGAGGUAGUUUACUUGACUCCCCUACUUUGCCCAGAGACAACACAAUUGUGACUAUGUCUACAUCAAAGAGAGUUCUCCUGGAUUCAGUGGGGCUUGCCUGGAAGUUGGGUUAGAAUUGCAGCCUAAAAUGGCAAUGAUUUCAGUAGUGGUUAUGACAGUGAGAAAGGGAAUGAAGGCAAAGACUUCAAAAGCCUUAGACUGGCAUUGCUUCCAUUCCAGAGUCAACAGGAGAAAACAGUUGUAUAUUUACCAAAUGAUUGAUCAGACACAUUACCAACUCGGAGCCAAAUGAAUAUGUGAAUGGGGCAGCACCCUUGAUAUAUUCAUGUGUAAUUUUUGCACUAAAAGGUAUGCCAGAGUGAAAGGUGUCUUUUUCUUCCAAGCCUGGCUGACUGUUGUUCUGUACCAGGAGAAAACUCCCUACAGUGAAAAGGGACCGGGGGGGGGGGGAGAGAAGGGGAAGCUCCUCUCACCAUGCAUACCUUCUGUUACAAAAAUUAGGCAACCCACCCUCCUCCCUUUUGUAUAUGAACAGAACAGACACAUGAACGUGCAAUGUUUAAUUUACACUUCUACCCUGCAACAGGUUCCUAGGGUGGCUUACAAAAUGCUUUUUUAAAUGCCCCUCGGUUCUAGGUUGCCCUUAACUUCUCUGCUGCUUUUGGCCCUCAGAUAUUCCCUAUUGUACUUGGAGGUAAAGUGGGCAAAAUGCUCAGUUUGGACACGUUAAGCUUCUCUAGCUGGGCUUCCUUGGUGGGUGGGUAUUUCCUUGAAUGGGUUUCCUGUACUGUAAUGAAUUAGCUUGGCAUGAAAAGUUUGGCUUUGCAGUUUUGUAGUUGGGAGGUUUGGCUGCUUGCAACAAGAAAAGCCUCUUGGGCUACUGAUGAAGAUGCUGGCCUGGCAUAGCAACAUCAAAAAAAUGGAUUUCAGAUUCCUUCAACCAAAAUAAUCAAUCAAGCCAGCUGCUUUCACAAGCGGGAUUAGAGUGAGUUCAAGUGUCACCCGUGAAAUCAUUACUGCCAGCUUUGUUGUUGUUUAGUCGUUUAGUCGUGUCCGACUCUUCGUGACCCCAUGGACCAUAGCACGCCAGGCACUCCAUGUUUAGCCAGUUCUUAAAAUAAAUAGCUUGAGACAUCAGCAUUUCUUGUACUUUCAUUCCAAAGCUGAACUUACGUUCCACUGUGAUCCAGCCAUCACUAACCUGCAGGGGUUCUGGCAUAAAGUAAGUUAUCGUCUUAAUGUUGCACUCUGUAUGUGUUAACAUGCCAUCAUAAAUGGCCCAGCAGCAGGCUUGGGUCCUCCCCCCUCCCGUCCCCCACCUUCAAUAUCGGUCUUAAGGGUUACAAAGCAUUAGUCAGAUCAUACUAUUAAAAGCAGUUCUAAUCAUCAGUGUUUCAUUUCACUGUUGUUGUUGUUUUGUGAACCACUCAAGUUAAGCCAUUUUUAAUCUACAUGAAAAUGGAAGCCUCUCGAAUGCUAAAAAGAACCCCCCUCUUAAUUUCAAGGAACAAAUUGGUUGCUGAGGAAGAAAACACCUUUUGUUUCCUCCACUGGGUCUGUGUGCUGUGAAGCAUCAGUUAAGUGUUAAGAGGAACAUCUAAACGGCACACAAAUUUUGAGCAAGUUGAUUAUGAUUUUUAUGUGUGCCCAUGGAAUUUAUACCAUCUGGAAUAGAUAAUGGUAAUGACAUGACACAAGUGUUUAUUGUUGUUGUUGAAGCAAAUUAAAUUCUAUUUAGAAAACAAUUUUAUAAUAUAGGGCAUAUGGGUAUGUAAAAAGCUAGGUCCUGAACCCAGUAGAAAAUGAGAAGCAUUCAGCUCAAAAUAAUAACUAUUUCCCUGGUACUUGGUUGUCUUGCUGAAAGGCAACUCAGAGCAGGAGGGAAAUAUCCAAAAAGUGCCAACAAAGACUUGAUUUUAAAUUUAGAAGUCUAGCCAACAUGUUUCAGGAUUAUUACACUCUUCUCCCCUUCUUCCCCAGUUAAGUUUCUUUUCUGAUGCUUUUCACUGAAAAGAGGUUCUCCUUCUCUUUUUCUUUCCCGCUGCAAACAGAACACACUGGCCUUUUCUACAAGGCUCCUACAAGCUCAUUGAGAGGUUUUCCUACUUCCGCACCCUGUGUACUGGUGAAUCUCUUGUUUUCGCUUUUCAAAAGCAAGUUAUUCAGAUGACAAAUAAUAAAUCUUAAUGUACAUUUUACUACUGUGAAUACUUAAAAUGCAGUUUUACACAGAACCAUGACAAAGACUACCAUGUGGGUUGUAUUGCGGUUUAUUUUAUGUGAAAUGCCUGGCAAAAAUUACUCUACAUUCUUCAAGGUCUUUCUGGCAAUAGCACUCCCUUUAUUAACGCCUAUCUUGAGCUUGCGGUUCAAGGAAAUCCUGGGUGGGAGAAUGCUGGUGGAAAACAUUGUGUAUCAUUGUAAGAUCGCCAUAGUUUGCUGGUCAGGCUUUCUCACUGGUUUGAGUAACAAAGAGGGGGCAUUCAGCAACAGGAGGAUGCCUAUGAUAGACCUGCCAUCACUCUAUGCUCUCCCCAGGCUGGACAGGAGAUGGGUCAUUCCAAGCCAGUGGACCUAAAAACAGCUUCCCCCAUCUCUUUUAUUUACCCCAGUAGUUGUUCUUUUAGAUGGAAGCCUUGUGCUUAUCCAAGGAGGCAGUUGUGAUUUCAGGUCUGUUAGAACAUCUUCUCUUCAACACUUAGGUCAGGUGCUUUAUGUGCUGUUAUUUCUGGCUGAGCACAGAGUUGGUUUAUACUGCUCCCUUUUUUAAUCCAUCUUGCAGAAGAUGAAUGGAAUGUAGCCCGCUAGGGCUUGCCACUUCAUUACUUCAGGUUAACAAUUGUUCCCUUUUUUUCCAGCAAAGCCAAGAGUUUCUACUUGGCAUUCCUGUAUAUUUUCUUUCAGUUUUUCAUAGAUCACGGGUAGUCAUCAAAAUACUCUUCCAUCUAUGUUAUGCAGGGGAGGCUUGAAGGAAAAGUGACAUAUAUAUACUGAAUUGUGGGGUAGGUAAAGGUAAAGGGACCCCUGACCAUCAGGUCCAGUCGUGGCCGACUCUGGGGUUGCGGCACUCAUCUCACGUUAUUGGCCGAGGGAGCCGGCGUACAGCUUCCAGGUUCAUGUGGCCAGCAUGACAAAGCCGCUUCUGGCGAACCAGAGCAGCGCAUGGAAACGCCAUUUACCUUCCCGCUGUAGCGGUACCUAUUUAUCUACUUGCACUUUGAUGUGCUUUCGAACUGCUAGGUGGGCAGGAGCAGGGACCGAGCAACGGGAGCUCACCCCGUCGCAGGGAUUCGAACCGCUGACCUUCUGAUUGGCAAGCCCUAGGCUCUGUGGUUUAACCCACAGUGCCACCUGCGAAUUGUGGGGUAGUUGGUAUUAAAUCCACUAAUAGUAGGAAAUACACUAAUAUUUUUCAGUGUUAUAGGCAUUAUGAAUCUGCUAAGCCCAAGCUGUUGCAUCCAAAGUGUGCCUGAUCAGUUCAGAUGCUUAGUUUUAAAUCAGCUGAGAUAUGAGCAGGCCUUUUUCACCGCAGCCACAACCCCUUUGUUCAAACUAGAAAACAAACUAGGAAGUCUUCUAUUAACUAUUGGUUUGGUUUGUGAUUUUGUCUGAACUGGGAAACUGGCUAACAGCUUUUGAACAAGCUGGGUAUUAAGCCAUCUUCAAACCAUGCCUUUCUUGGCUUCUUCUAAAGCUAUUAACUAUAGUGCCCUGAUUUUUUAAGGAAUGAAAAUUUCCCAAUUUGUUAACUAGCUCAUGUAGAAACAUCACACACAUGGACAAAACGCUUGUUUCAUAUAAUGGCUUAUUAGGCUGAGAUGAUAGUCUGAAGGUGGCUUUCUAAGACACAGGAGUGAAUAACCAGUGUACAUGCAAAAAGGCAGAAAUCUGUGUGAUUUAAGAAGUUUGUGUCCUCUGUGCUAAAGCGCUUUAUAUCAUAUAAUAUAAAGCGGAUUGUGGUAGGGCUGUUAAGAAAUUUAGCUUAGGGUUUGGUUUGUGUAAGGCCACAGCUCAUGCUGAGUAAUGGGGGGCGUGUGUAUGCAAAUUCCUUGGAUCUGAUUGGUUGUUGGGGCCCCUCUUAAAGCUGCGUCCACCAUUUUCUGGUCACAUUUUUGCCUGGCGUUUGAACCCCUCCCACCCGCCCUUUCUUUCUUGCAGGUUAGCACGACAUUGCUAUUGCCUUCGGGGCCGCCUGUAUUCAGGGGUCAGUAGGAAUUUUUCCAAUUGGCUGAUUGGCUGUGCCUCUUGGUUUUCGCCUACUGCGCUAGCAAAUUGUCACAACUUGUUAGGUUGGCGGUUAGGCUUUUGGUUGGUUAAUCGGUUGGUAGAGGGGGUGGCACACGGAUGCCUACCCUCACCUCCGUUUGCUCCAUAUAGAAGUAUUCCGUUAAAGGAAUCUCGGGGCUUACACUCUUGUCCUUACCAUCCCGCCAUUGGCGGGAAUGGUGGGCCCAAUUUUAAGAGCAAGAGCCUUGAGGAACAUUCUUGGUGAAGGUGAGGAGGGAAUGACUGGGCGCAGCCACCUCCUCACUCCCAGGUAUGUUUACUUGACUUCCAUGCGGAAGUCGGAGCAGGAACUGUCCAAGCGGACAGUGGUGAGUCCUGUCCUAUGGUGACAGCUGAUGUGAGUCCUGCCACGUGGGCAGAUGAGGUGAGUCCUGUCCAAUGGUGACAGCUGAUGUGAGUCCUGCCACGUGGGGCAGAUGAGGUGAGUCCUGUCCUAAGGGGACAGCUGAUUGAGUCCUGUCCUGGAUGGACAGAUGGGGAUAGUCCUUCUUUAGGAAGGACGAGUGAAUAACCAAAAGCCUAAGCCAACACUCGGAUUAAAAUUGUGUAUUUAAUAAAGUUGUGGCCCUAAAUUAUUUGCCAAAAACCAAACCAUAAUUCUGUUGUCAGUUGUGAGUUAUUUAAGGUAAUUUUCUGGGAAGCCUCGACACACAAAAUGGCACGCAAAGUAACAGGUUACCCAGUGAUGUUUCCAAUGUAACAUUUUCUUACACAAUUUGAUUAAAGUACUUUUUCACAAUUGUACAAAACUCUUGAAUCCUUUUUUUUUUGCCUAUCCCAGAUAGAUUUUAAGUUUUCCUUAAGUUCAGCCAAUUUCACUUUCACCUAAAGAAAACUUGGCUCAUUAUUCUUGAAGCCCUGCAAUAUUUCUUAAACUUGGAUCAACAGCUGUUAUUAGACAACAACUCCUAUCAUCCCUGACCACGGGUCUUGCUAGCUAGGGAUGACAGCCCUAGAGUAGCUAUGAAAUGAUUUCAGACUCACUUUGGUAGGUGAAUAACUAGUACAACAAAGGCAAAGAGUUCAUAACAAAGCAAACUUUAAUGGAUCCUGAGAUCACUCGAGUAUUCUCCUCCUAUCUGACCAUUUGAAGCCAUCUCUCAGUUCACAUACAGUUUUGCACAGAACAGUCCAUUCCAGUAGUCAAAGCACGUUUUGUUUCCAAGGAGAAACAUUGCAGUAACAUUAAAGAAAAACAACACUUGACACAUGGAUAAUGUCCAUAAAAUUCUGUAGUUCUGGGUUAUAUGUACAUAGAAUUUGAAGUGUGGUACUCUAGUGUGUAUAAAUGUGUGAAUGCUCAAGACUGCAGAUUGAAUGCCCCACUUAUUUUCCAGAAUUUACAUAUAACAGAAGAAAAGAGGAGUGGAGGGAUAGGUAGGGAGGGCAACAAAGCUCAACAAGUUUAUUAGAAAGGUCCUCCUUCACAACAUGUUCCUGAGUGUUUAUCUGCCCACAAACUAUUCCAUGGGACUCCCCAAAAACGUAGUGCUUUUGAGAGCUUCGGUGUUAGAGGAAUGACAGUGCAUGUGGUAUGUUCUGCGGUCUCUGAAUUCUGGCAUGCCCUUAAAUGUGUGGGGUGAGAGGGGGGCGGUUUAGGACUUUAUUAACUUGCAAAAAGCAAAAUGAUUACAGGAGACUUAGAAAGGGGAUCCCUAAGGCACUGUUUGCAACACUUAAGCGGGAGAU